AUGGGCUUUUGUAAAAAAAUUACCGCGUUCCUGCUCUUAUGCAUUGCAUUCUUGUUCCGUAAACACAAUGACGACUCCAGAAACGGUGUAGCAUCAAACGUCGGCUUGAACUACGGCCUCCUCGGAGACAACCUCCCGCCUCCGUCAAACGUUAUCAGCCUCUACGAGUCCAUAGGCAUCACUAGAAUCCGAAUCUUUGACCCAAACCCCGAGGUCCUCAACGCCUUACGCGGCCACCGCGGAAUAGGAGUCACCGUAGGCGUCAAGGACCAAGACUUGGCUGUUCUUUCAGCCAGCGAAGAAGCUGUCAAAGGCUGGUUCGCGACCAACAUCGAGCCUUACUUAGCUGACGUGAACAUCACGUUUAUCACCGUUGGUAACGAAGUCAUCUCUGGACCGAUCGGUCCACAAGUGCUUCCCGUCAUGCAGUCUCUCACAAACCUCGUCAAGUCGAGGAAUCUUCCGAUCUCGAUCAGCACCGUGGUGGCUAUGUCGAACCUCGGACAAUCGUAUCCACCUUCCGCCGGAGAGUUCACGCCCCAAGCUCGUGAACAACUCGUUCCCGUGCUUAGGUUCUUGUCGGAAACGUGCACGCCAAUCCACGUCAACAUCUACCCUUACUUUGCUUUUGCGUCUAACCCCGUCAACAUAACUCUCGACUAUGCGAUCUUCAACACGGAAGGUGUGGUGGUCGAGGACGGGCCGAUGAAGUAUUCGAACAUAUUUGAUGCGAUCUUCGAUGCGUUCGUGUGGGCGAUGGAGAAAGAGGGAGUGAAGGAUUUGUCCAUGGUGGUGUCGGAGACUGGAUGGCCUUCCGCUGGUAACGGGGACUUCACGACGCCGGAGAUCGCGGCUACGUACAACGGAAACUUUGUCAAACAUGUGAGAAGCGGUAAAGGGACGCCAAAGAGGCCACACUGUAGGAUCGAUGGGUUUCUGUUCGCGACUUUUAACGAGAAUCAGAAACCAGCUGGAACAGAACAGCACUUUGGGUUGUAUGAACCUACCGAUAUGAAGCCUAUUUACAAGUUGUUUUGA